UUUUAAACCUCUCCUUUGCUUUUGCCGAACGUUUCCCGUUGUCAAUGUGUCCAACAUGUCUCCUGUAAGGUUGCUUUUAUCUUGUCUAUUCUUUGGAGAAGCUCUUGCACUGUCAGGGAGGUUUUGGCAUAUCACGGAUUUGCACUGGGACCCGACGUACAAACUAACGGACAACCCGAACCUAGUGUGCGCAUCCAGCGGUAACCGUCCGGCGCUCAGUGCUGGUAAAUUCGGAGCCUAUGCAUGUGACGCGCCAUGGCACCUGAUCAACUCCUCGGUGUACGCCAUGAAGAGGAUUCUGCCAGACCCAGACUUCAUUGUGUGGACAGGAGAUGACACACCGCAUGUCCAAAAUGAGGAUCUAGGAGAAGAGAAGGUGAUCAACAUCAUUGGCAAUCUCACUCAGAUCAUAACUGAGGUGUUUCCAUAUACAAAAGUGUACUCUGCACUGGGGAACCAUGACUACCACCCCAAGAGUCAACUUCCUCCAGGCCCAAACUCCAUCUAUGACAAAAUAGCAGAAAUGUGGAGUGGUUGGCUGGAGCCAGACUCCAAACAAUCAUUUAAAAAUGGUGGAUAUUACACAGAAAAGCUCCUGAACCGAGCAGGUUACAGAGUGUUGGUCCUCAACACCAACCUCUACUACUAUCAGAACAAGGAGACCAUGAAUGAUGACGAUCCAGCAGGUCAGUUUAGCUGGUUGGAUCAGACCCUUACAGCAGCCAGCAACAACAAAGAGAAGGUCUACAUCAUUGGUCAUGUUCCUCCAGGUUUCUUUGAGAAGAAAAGAAGUACAUCAUGGUUCACGAAAAAGUUCAACGCGCGAUAUUUGGAAUUGAUUCAGAAGCAUCAUUCGGUUAUAAUCGGGCAGUUCUUUGGCCAUCAUCACACUGACAGCUUUCGCAUGUUCUACAACACAGAAGGCUUGCCCAUAAGUGCAAUGUUUCUGAGCCCAGGGGUCACACCGUGGGAAACGACACUUCCUGGUGUCAAGGACGGAGCUAACAACCCCGGGAUUCGUGUUUUUGAAUACGACACUGAAACAUUGCUGGUGAAAGAUGUGGUGACAUAUUAUCUGAACCUCACACACGCCAAUGCAGACGCAGAACGCUGGGAGAAAGAGUACCGCCUGACAGAGAGCUUCAGAGUACCCGAUGCCUCUCCGGGCUCCAUGCACCAGGUUCUGGAACGCAUGGCAUCCGAUCACUGCUACCUGCAGAAGUACUACGAGUUCAACUCUGUCAGCUAUGACCUGACAGAGUGUGACGGCGACUGCCGUGUUGACCAUGUAUGUGCAGCAGGAGAAGUAGACUUUAAGAGGUACGAGGAAUGCCUGUUGAAGGAAGUAGCCGUUUCUAUUCAUGGAGAGCUGCUGUUGGUUGUUUCUAUGGCAGCAACUGUGUUGAUCACUGGCUGGUAGAGAUGAUUGGCAUCGCAGUUUGUUUCUAAGACAUUUAGAGGUGCACUUAAAUUAAUUUGAAUAUUAUUAAAAAGUUUAUUUAUUUCAGGCAUUCAAUCCAAAAAUGCAUAAGCAGAAUCAUUUCAAAUGAUGUUUCAGAUGUUUAUUUUUGUUCAUUUUUAUCAUUAUGGCUAAUCAGUUUCCCUAAAAGUAAUAACUGUACAUAACAUAAAACAAAUAUUUAUGUAUAUAAAAAAUAUGCUGCCUCUAUAUCAUGGCCUACACAAUCAAGAAGAAAACUGCAGAAGCUCAGUUGCCCUCAGUAACGAGGGCAAUACACAUAAGUUAAUUGCUAAAGAAGCUGGCUUUUCACAGAGAGCUGUGUCCACCAAUAUUAAUGGAGAAUUUAAUUAAGUGUUCAUUUAUUUUAACGCAUUUUUAAGUUGACCGGCUGAAUUUAAUGUGUCACACUUUACUGGAAGACAGAACAUCAGGCAUGUUACACACCUAAAAAUAAAAGCUGAUAAAACACUUUAGAUCAUAGACGGGUGGAGAUUGGAGACUCCAGAAUAACAGCCCCCAUAUACAACAGUGACAGGUCUAUAGUGACAUUUCUUGUAAACGUCUAAUGUAGAAGUGGUUUCAGAUUUUCACCGACAUGUUAAAAAACUGUUGUAAUUGAUAUUCAGCUUAAAUUAGACUUUGCACAACAAUUGUAUUCUCAUAACUCAAAACUUUUGAAUGAAGUUAUGGUAAAUGUUUUCUCCACCGAAACUGUUAUUUAAAUGAAGAGGGAAAAACAAAAAAAAAAAACUCACUGCACUCUUAUUUCUGCAACAAUAAAUACACUUCCUGAUAACAGUGUCGCUCCUCUUCAUAUUUCUUUUUUUGUUUUGUUUUUAGAAGCGCAGUGAUCUGUUGUUGAGCAAGACAGCUGUUAUCUGAGUAUCUUUAUAGCUUCUGUUAUCGCCUCUGUUCAAAUAAAGGUUUGAUAUGA